CUAUACAUUUUCUUUCUAGGGUGUGAUGGUUGGUAUGGGCCAAAAGGACAGUUAUGUCGGUGACGAGGCCCAAAGUAAGCGUGGUAUUUUAACCCUAAAAUACCCCAUCGAGCACGGUAUUGUAACAAACUGGGAUGACAUGGAAAAAAUCUGGCACCACACUUUCUACAACGAACUCCGUGUAGCCCCAGAAGAACACCCAGUCCUGCUGACGGAGGCCCCACUUAACCCCAAAGCCAACAGAGAGAAAAUGACCCAGAUCAUGUUUGAAACAUUCAACACCCCAGCCAUGUACGUAGCCAUCCAGGCCGUGUUGUCAUUGUAUGCUUCUGGUCGUACCACCGGAAUCGUGCUGGACAGUGGUGAUGGAGUCUCCCACACUGUCCCCAUUUACGAAGGUUACGCUCUCCCCCACGCCAUCCUUCGAUUGGACUUGGCUGGUCGUGACCUCACAGACUACCUCAUGAAGAUCCUGACAGAACGUGGCUACAGUUUUACAACUACUGCCGAACGAGAAAUUGUCCGUGACAUUAAAGAAAAACUUUGCUAUGUUGCCCUGGACUUCGAACACGAGAUGACGACUGCCGCUUCCUCCUCCUCUUUGGAAAAAUCGUACGAGCUGCCCGAUGGUCAAGUAAUUACUAUCGGUAACGAGAGAUUCCGUUGUCCCGAAGCCAUGUUCCAACCUUCCUUCUUGGGCAUGGAAGCCUGCGGCAUCCACGAGACUACUUUUAACUCCAUCAUGAAAUGCGACGUGGAUAUCCGUAAGGACCUGUAUGCCAACACGGUGUUGUCUGGUGGAAGCACUAUGUUCCCAGGCAUUGCUGAUAGAAUGCAAAAAGAAAUUGGUGCACUUGCCCCCAGCACAAUGAAAAUAAAAAUCAUUGCACCCCCCGAAAGGAAGUAUUCCGUUUGGAUCGGGGGCUCCAUUUUGGCUUCGCUGUCUACAUUCCAACAGAUGUGGAUAUCCAAACAAGAAUAUGACGAAUCCGGACCUAGUAUCGUCCACCGCAAGUGUUUCUAAAAUAAUCAUUCCAAAUUGAUAUUAAAUUCGAAAGAUUUCUUUGGAGUCGUUUUAAGUUAUGAAUGAAAGAAAAGUGUAAAGGAACAGUAAGUUGUGGCUUAAGUUUCAAAACACUGUUCUAUAGUGUUUUUUUUUCUUGCAAAGAUAUAACGUCAGCAAGAACUGAUCUGAGUAAACUUGAGUCUAGUGAACAAGAUAUGAACUAUAAUGCUUUGUCUGUUACACAGUUGGAUUACUUUUUUUUUUAAACUUUAUAAAACAAUAUCCAGUAGACACCCGUCUUGUCACUUGUAUGAAGAACGGUAAAUGAUGAAAUUGACACGUGACGAAUAUGUAAGGACUUCUUGUAUUAAAAGAUGUUUUGAGCAUCUCGCUUUUUGUUGUACAUUAAAACAGAAUAAUAAAAGAAUUGAAAUGA